AAACUUUUUUAUAAAUCGAAACUAAUGAAUGUUUUAUUAAAAAAAAUUGUAGAUUUUUGUCAUAUAAUUUUUUUUAGUCUGAAACCACUUUCAUAAAAGGACAAUUACACGUGAAUUUUGGAAUAAUAUCUGUUACAAUAAGCUCAUGACACAGCAUAAAAGAUUUCAGUCAACGAUUUCAGUCAACAGUUAACUGUACCAAUUCAUUUUAAUAACUCUCAUUUGGGAGAGUAAAGUUUUACAGAGAUGAUGUUGAUAGGAAACCUAGCAUUUCAUCCGCUCAGGAGCUGAAGACAAACACUUCUUAUCCAAGAAGCCUGCGAGUCCAUAUAGAGUUGCUCGAUCUGUAGAACUUUAGAGUUCAUUAUCCGUCUAACUGUUUUGCUGUUAGAAUUAUCUACUCAUGGAAUCUUGUGGACUUCAGGCUCAAAAAUUUUCUCACAAGCUCACCCACAUGGACACUUUGUCCGACGAAAUGAUGAUUCCUCGUUCUUUCUGUUCUAAAUAUGCUCAUGACCUACAUGAGGAUAUGGAAUUGAAGCUUCGAAAUGGUUAUGUUCUUCCAGUUAAAUUUGACCACAGUAGAGGUGUUUUUAAGGGUCUUCUAUGUUUUUUUAAGCAUUUUAAGCUGAAUGGUGGUGAAUUGCUAGUGUUCGAGUACUUUGGCAGAUAUAACAUCAAUGUCUACAUUCUGGGUAGUAACUUAUCUGAAAUCAAAUACCCGGAUUUUAAGUUUAAUAUGCCAGAAUCUCCACCUCGAUUAGUCACUCUUGGCGAUGGAGGGUGGAGGUUUGUUUGGUUUAAUUCUGGCAGACAAACAACUAUAAAUGAAAUUCAACCUCCAGAGGCAUUCUUGGACCGUUGUGAAUUUUCUUUCCGUGAACCUAUGAAAUAUGUUAUUAGCAAUGGGAAGAAGUUUGGUUGUUCAUAUUGUCCUUCAUCUAGGAAGUUCAUAGGAUUGGAUUGUGUUUGUGAAAUGUUAAAAAAUACUGGAACCAAGGAAAUUCAUAUGCUGCUGUUUAAGUAUGAUGUUGAUUCUGUUAUAACAAUCUCGGCUUUUGACAAAGAACUUUGUGAGAUUGUUUAUCCUGGAACUCCACUUUCUAUUGUAGAAGCCGGUGGGGAUCAUCCAUCAAUAGGUUUCCAGUUUGAAAUUCAUGUUGAAGAAAUACACAUGUCUCCCGAAUGUUACGUUGUUUAUAUUUCUCCUCUAUUUAAGAAGCUCUGCAGCAUGUGGGACACCAUUCAAUCUAUAUAUGUGUAUUCUGGAAAUGGUUCUUGGAAGCUAGAUAUUUGCCGGAGGGAUGACUAUUAUCGUUCUACAAUAGAAGAUGGAUGGCAGCAGCUUAGAGAUGGUUUGGCCUUGGAAGUAGGGGACAUUUGUAUUUUUGAAUGUCCAGUUGAUUCUCUUGAUCGUUUUAAUGUUCGAGUGGUGAAGAAGCAGUAAUCUGGGAUCUUUAAGUUUAAUGUUAUUGUCCUCUGUACAGGAAAUUUUUAUGUUGUCUUUUGCUGGAUUGGCUUGACAAUUUAUUUGAAUUAAUGUUUGUAAUGGUGGAUGGUGCUUGAUUAAAUACUGAUGUAAUAUGUCUGAAGUUGUGGUCUGAACAAAUUUGCUAUUUUUCAAGUUUUCCUGUGCUCAGGUUUUACCAGUUAACAUAUUAUAUUUGAAUGCACAGUCUUUUUCAGGACA